AGCGACAGUGAAUAAUGACGUAAGUUCAUGAAGAAUAUUAAAUAUUGGAUUGAUUGGUUAAAUAAUUAUUAUAAAAGAAUCAUAACAGAGAAAAUUAAUUACUUCUCAAUUUCUGUUAUAUGAAUUUAUCAAACUACAUUUAUCGAUAUGAACUUAUCGAUCAUGCGAUCAACGUGGUCAUGGCUCAUGGGGAUGGGAGUUGAGCUUGUUGACCAGUAAAAUAGGUUAUGUUUUCGUCUCAGAGAAAACAUUAAAACUCAAAACAUUUGUGUAGUAAAAAUUUUAUUUGAACUAAUUAUAAGUUUACCCAUUUUUUUACUAUUGCUUAUUCAUAUUAAAAUUCUCAGUUUGUAGUGUCCGUUCGAGUCAGAUUUUAGAUAUACUCUGCUGCAAUGCCCAAGGUACGGCGAAGUAAGAAGUCUCCUCCAGAAGGAUGGGAAUUAAUAGAGCCUACGCUAGAAGAAUUGGAACAGAAAAUGAGAGAAGCUGAGACUGAACCUCAUGAAGGGAAGAGGAAAGUGGAAUCCCUGUGGCCUAUUUUUAAAAUUCAUCAUCAGAGAUCCAGAUACAUCUACGACCUGUUCUACAGAAGGAAGGCGAUCAGUCGAGAACUCUACGACUACUGCCUCCAAGAGAACAUAGCGGACAAGAAUUUAAUUGCAAAAUGGAAGAAACAAGGCUAUGAAAACCUUUGCUGUCUGCGCUGCAUUCAAACAAGAGAUACAAAUUUUGCUACAAGUUGCAUAUGCAGAGUUCCCAAGUCGAAAUUGGAAGAGGGUCGUAUAGUGGAAUGCAUACACUGUGGAUGCAGAGGGUGUUCCGGUUGAAGUUCCGAUUGUCAGAAAGAUUUUUUUUAUUCAAUAGAAGUGUUCUCCAAAAGACAUUUUCCAAUAAUCGUGACUCGUGUGAAAAAGUUGUGGAAGAUGUGUCCAACCAUUCACUUUGAAUUUGAUUUUACUAUAUUAAUUUAUGUGUAUCAAUAAAUGUAUCUACAUAAAUCAUU